UAAAAAAAAAAAGGAAAGAUCGGCAGCCCUUGUUGCGUUUUUUUCCGACUUCGUUCCUCUUUCCCUGAAACUUAGAUUUUCUCUUCAAAUUCCCCAAAAUUUUUCUACCCAUCGGAUUUGUCUCUUUAAAAUUCACUCUCUGCAGUUUCUCUUUUGUUUACAGAUUCAUAAUCGAACGCUUCGAGGGCUCCUACGACGUCCCUUCGGGACUGCUUCUAGGGUUAGCUGCAAUUUUGUGUUCAAUCCGAUAUUAUUGGCUAGGGUUAAGUGCGAAUUUGUUCAAUAUUAUUGUUAAACCCAAAAUUUUUAAUUUGGUAUCGAUCUGAUUUAGAAAAAAGUUUAAAAUAGGGUUAAUCGACGGUGGGGUGAUUGGCUUGGUCGAUUUGGCAUCGAAAACUGAGAAAUGGCAUUGAAGUUUCUGAACAAGAAAGGAUGGCAUACUGGAAGCUUGAGGAACAUCGAAAACGUGUGGAAGGCUGAACAGAAGCAUGAGGCUGAGCAAAAGAAAUUGGAAGAGCUUCGUAAGCAGAUUCACGAGGAGAGAGAGCGGUCUGAGUUCCGUCUUCUCCAAGAGCAAGCAGGCCUCGUCUCGAAGCAGGAGAGGUUGGACUUCCUUUACGAUUCUGGACUUGCCGUUGGGAAGGGUGCCAGUAGCUCUGCUGCUGGAGGCAGCGGAGGUGGAGGGUUUAAGGCUCUUGAAGAAGCCCUCCCAACGUCCAAGGCUACCGAUGCUUCUGCCAAGCAGUCUUCUUCUGUCCCAGGAGCCUUGUUUGAAGACAAACCUCACUCAGCCAAUGAUGCCUGGCGCAAGCUCCAUUCUGAUCCUUUGCUUUUGAUUCGCCAGCGCGAGCAAGAAGCUGUUGCCCGCAUUAAGAACAACCCUGUCCAGAUGGCCAUCAUUCGUAAAUCUGUUGUAGAAAAGAAACAAAAGGAAAAGUCCCCUGAUCGCAAGGAACACCGGAAGAAGCAUCACAGCACUUCUUCCAAGCAUCGGAAGCAUUCAUCAUCUAAACAGGAUUCAUAUUCUGAAGAGGACACUUCUAAGGAGGACAAAAGAAGUAGAAAACAUCAUCAUAAGAGGUCAGAUUAUGAGGGCCGCUAUCGCAGAACAAAAUCAGACUCAGAAGAUGGAUUAAAUGAAACAGAAGGUCAAGAGAUGAAUCGUCCCAAGCAGAAAUACAGAUAUGAUAAUCAAGAUGCGGUUAAGUCGAACCAUGACAAGUCUAAACAUGAUAAACAUUCUACUCAAGCUCCACAAAGUAUUGAUGCAGAUAAAAAUCAAGAAAAAGAUAGAAGGUCUUAUGACCAUAGAGCUACUGCACCUCGGAAUGAUAAACGACGGAAUGUUUCCUCCAAACUUUCUGAAGAGGAGAGAGCUGCCAGGCUUCGUGCAAUGCAAGAGGAUGCUGAGUUGCAUGAAGAGCAAAGAUGGAAGCGGUUGAAAAAGGCUGAGGAGAACGAUGCUCGGGAGGUUACACUGUCCAGCACUUCUGUUGGUAGAAACUUCUUGGAUGCUGCUCAUAGAAGCGUCUAUGGUGCUGAGAAGGGAGGAAGCUCAACUAUAGAAGAGAGUGUCCGUCGCAGGACACAUUACUCGCAAGGCCGUUUUGAAUCAGAAGGAAAUGCUUUUAGACGCUGAUCGUCGUCAUUUUUUUUCUUUGCAUUUGGCAAUUCUGAUAAAUCCUGGUAUGCUCCUGCAACUCCAGUCAGGGGCAUGCUUGCUUCUGGCUAUCGUAAUUACAUGUUAUUGAAAUACUAAGCUGAAAAAGAGUUAUUGGGCCAAAACUGAAUUAGAUUUAUCUUUUCUAUUUUCAAUUUCCAGAAGGCUUCCAAUUAAGCUGGGAGAUAUCAGUUAUAGUUGUACCAUUGAUAAUUUUGUAGAUCUAGUUAAAGUUUAAUAACUAACUUGAAAAUUUUAUAAUAGUUAAAUAAUUAAUGGUGAAAUUUGUAC